AUGGCUCCUCUGAAGGCCCUCAUCUUCGGCGCAACAGGCGCCGUAGCCCGGCACUGCGCAAAAGAAGCCCUCCGCCACGACAACGUCUCCCUAACACUCGCACUACGCGACCCAAAUAAACCAAUCCCAGACCUCCCAUCCUCCCUCCCGCGAGUCCAAGCUGACCUCACGGAUCCGACCUCACUCCGGUCCGCCGUGCAAGCCUCAGGAGCAACAUCAGCAUUCAUCUACGCCCAAGGCAGACACCGAGACAAAGAGCAGAUGAAAGCCAGCAUUGCCGCCCUUGCCGAUGCAGGCGUCACCCAUAUCGUGCUUCUGAGCAGCUGGACGAUCUACCCGCUCUCCAUCGACGACGCGUACGCGCAAGGGGACGAGCACGCGAUACCCGCGAAGCACGCCGCCGCGGAGAUUGCAUUGCGAGAGGUCAAGGAGAGGUAUCCUGAUUUGCGAUACGCGGCGGUGCGACCGUUAUACUUUGCUACUAAUGUGCUUUUCGAGGAUCUUUCGAGGGGAGAGGUCAAUGUACUGAAUCCUGCUGGUGGAUGGGACUAUAUUUCGUCUGAAGAUAUUGGAACGGUGUGUGGUCGUCUGCUUGUUGAUGGUGUAGAAGGCGUUGUCCCGAUUGUGGGACCGAGGAUCUUGUCUCAGAGCGAGGCGUGGGGCAUUAUUGGCCGGGUGCUUGGUAAGGAGAUACGUGUGAAGGAUGUGACGGAGAAGGAGUUUCUCAAGGGUAGUGAGGAGCCGAUGAUGAAGAGCCUUGCUCGGAAUAGGCAUAGGAGCGACGAAGAAAAGUAUCCGACGGAUUUGGUGAGCGAGGCGAGGGCGAAUAUGAGGAGGUAUGUGGGUAGUGAGGGGAUGGGCUUUGAAGAAUGGGCGACGAGGCAUAAGGGUGAGUUCAAGCAGUAA